CCACCUGUGAGGCUGUGACUUGUGACACACGAACUCGUCAGGUCCCGGUCCCGGUCCCAGGUCCAGGCACCUUCUCGCUCGGUCGCUCGGAAGCUUUCCCCUUCCCGAAGCUUCGCACCGCCUCCUCCUCCCCUACCCCCCGCCGCCGCCGCCGCCGCCGCGGCGCCUUCUAGAAUCAUCCAGAGGCGUGCCGGUGAAGCGCGAGAGCGGUGAGGCAUGGCGACGCAGACGGGGGUCGCGGCCUCCAAGGUCCUCAUCCUCGUCGGUGCAGGGAUGACGGGGUCGAUCCUGCUGCGGAAUGGACGCUUAUCUGAUGUGUUGGGGGAGCUCCAGGAGAUUAUGAAGGGUGUAAAUCAAGGAACUGCUUCGGGUCCCUAUGACAUUGCACUUAUUCAAGCUCAGAUUCGGAAUUUAGCCCAAGAAGUCAGAGAUUUGACAUUGUCAAGGCCCAUUACCAUUCUGAAUGGCAAAUCUGACUCAGGAGGCGGUUUAUCAUCCUACAUACUGCCAGCAGCAGCAGUUGGAGCAAUGGGUUAUUGCUAUAUGUGGUGGAAGGGAUUGUCUCUCUCAGAUGUCAUGUUUGUCACAAAACGUAACAUGGCAAAUGCUGUUGAGAGCAUGUCGAAGCAGUUGGAGCAAGUUUCAUCAGCACUAGCUGCAACAAAAAGACAUCUAACUCAACGUCUUGAGAAUUUGGAUGGCAAAAUGGAUGAACAAGUAGAGGUCUCCAAAGCUAUUAGAAAUGAGGUCAAUGAUGUUAAAGAUGACCUGUCUCAAAUUGGAUUUGAUAUCGAAUCGAUUCAGAAAAUGGUUGCUGGAUUGGAGGGAAAGAUCGAGUUACUUGAGAACAAACAGGACGUGGCUAAUACUGGUAUAUGGUACCUCUGCCAAGUAGCAGGUGGUUUAAAAGAUGGAAUAAACGCCAAGUUUUUCCAGGAAACCGGUGAGAAGCUGAAGCUCUCACAUUCAGCUCAACCCGAAAACAAGCCAGUGAAGGGACUUGAAUUUUUUUCGGAAAGCACCAAGGAACAGGAAGUAGUUGACUCCAAACCAAUUGCGGUCACAAUCGACGCUAAGAAGCCUGAGAAAACCACAGCUGUAAAGGGCACCGCAGUGCACAGGUCCAUCAGGUUCUCAUAUCGGAAGGAAGGCCUUGCAUUGUGAUCAAAUCCUCUCCGCUUGAGAUGCACAUGGCCUUCCUGGUUGCUUUUGUCUAAUAGUCAGAAAACAUAGAAGAAUAACCUGCAUCCGGAGUGACAGAAUUUCUUUUUCCCCGGAGUAGACAGGUGUGAUUAUGGUCUGUUUUGAAACUAUCAUUUAUUAUUUUUCUUGGAUUUUGAUUCAUUUUUGCGUUUUGAUUUGUUGCUGUGUACACUGUAAAGUCAUUCGAAAGAAUAAAUAAAACACGAUUGUUUUCUUGUAAAA